AGCAUGAAGGAAUAAGAUAUCCUUGUUCUCAGUGUAACCAUGCUGCAGCUACCGCAAGAAAUCUGAAAAGACACGUUGAAAGUAUUCACGAAGGAGUAAGAUAUCCUUGUCCGGAGUGUGAACAUUCUGCAACUACGCCAAGUGAUCUGAAGAUUCAUAUUCAAAAUAAACAUAAAGGAGUGAGAUACCCUUGUUUAAAAUGCGAGUAUUCUGCAACUACUGCAAGGUAUUUGAAAGUACAUGUUGAGAGUAUCCAUGAAGGAGUGAAAUAUCCUUGCUCUCAAUGCGAUUAUGCUGCAUCUACAGUAGGCCAUCUGAAGAUUCACGUUGAAAGUAUACACGAUGGAGUGCGAUAUCCAUGUCUAGAAUGUGGAUAUGCUGCAACUACGGCAUGGUCUCUGAGAGCUCAUGUUAAAAGUAAACAUGAAGGAGUUAGAUAUUCUUGUACGGAAUGUGAUUUUGGCGCAACGACUUCAAGUAAUCUGAAAAUUCACGUUGAAAGUAAACACAAAGGUGUGAGAUACCCCUGUUUCCAAUGUGAGCAUAUUGCUACUACUGCUGGGAAUUUGAAGAAUCAUGUUAAGAUCAAACAUGAAGGAGUUAGAUAUCCUUGCUCUAAAUGUGUGUACCGUGCAACUACUGCAAGAGAUCUCAAGAAACACUUUGAGAAGAAACAUGUCACUAUCGAAAGUGAAGUGAAAAGUGAAAACAAUCCUGAAGAUCUUUAUCCACGUGAUUAAUUCGAAGAAGCUGAAACUACAGCAAGGAAUCUAAAGAGACAAAUCUAAAGCAAAUGAAUUGAAAUGAAAUACCCUUUUUCUGACCAACCUUUUUUAUUAGUAAAUAGGUUUCAAUCCUGCGUCUCAAAAGUUAUGUGUGUUUUAUGUAAUAAAGCUUUUGUUCCUAUUGUUAAAUAUAGAUUUUUUCUCAAAUUUAUAUGUUCCUGUUUAAAUCCGCUUUUUUGUACAUUGUGUCACUCUAAAUUUAUUUUUCAGACAUAAUGACGGAAAUAUUUAAAGAAGAAUCAAAUAUCGAUGAUUUUGAGACAAAAGUAGAGAUAGUUUAUAUCAAGGAAGAAAUUUGUUCAUCCUCUACUGAAGAGGAUAAAUGUACAAUAGAUGAUUCACGUACUGUAGAGGAUACAUGUACUGUAGAGGCUGAUUGUACUGAAGAGGAUAUUUGUUCUUUAGGGGAUACAUGUACAGGGGAUACAUUUACUUUAGAGGAUGCAGAAAUAAAAGGUGUAUUGAAUACUGGAAUACAGGAAACUGAAUACACCUUACCUUACCUAACCUUGCAUACUGAGCUCUUCAUUAAAGAUGAAAAUGAACAUCUUGAUUCAGGAGAAAAUGUGGAUCAAGGAAUUGAAGCACUACAAUCUGAACCAAAAAGAGUUAAGAUUCCUGUGAAAAGUAAACACAAAGACAUGAGCUAUCCGUGUUUUUGUUGUGAAUAUACUGCAACUAAAUCAACUGCUCUGAAGAUUCAUAUUGACAAUGAACAUAGAGCAGUGCGAAUCCAAUGUGCUCAUUGUCAAUUUACUGCAACUUCAGCAAAUUUUCUGAAAAUUCAUGUUGAAAGUAAACACGAAGGAAUGAGAUAUCAUUGCUCUGAUUGUGAGUUUAUUACAAGCAGAGCUAUUACCCUAAAGAGACAUGUAGAAAGUAAACACGAUGGAAUUAGAUAUAUAUGUUCUCAAUGUAGGUACACUGCAGCUAACGUAAGCGCUUUAAAGAGUCAUGUUAAAAGAAAGCACAAGGGAGCAAGUUAUCUUUGCUGUAAAUGUAUAUAUACUGCAACCUCUGCAUAUGGUUUGAAGUAUCAUGUUGAAAGUAAGCACGAAGGAGUGAGAUAUCCUUGUUCUUCUUGUGAAUAUACUGCAAUUACAGCAAGUGCCCUGAACGCACAUAUAAGAAUGAAACACGGAAAGGUUAAGUAUCCUUGUUCUUAUUGUAAAUAUUCAGCAACUGCAGCUGGUACUCUGAACGUUCAUAUUAACAUUAAACAUAAAAAAGUGCGAUUUCAAUGUAAUCUGUGUGAUCAUGCUGCAACUACAGCAGGUUGUCUGAAAAUUCAUGUUGAAAGCAAGCAUGAAGGAGUAAAAUAUCCAUGUUUGAAAUGUGAAUAUAUUGGAACUCGAAAAAGAGAUUUAAAAGUACACGUCAAAAGCCAGCAUGAAAAAGUGAGAUAUCCUUGCCUUAAAUGUGAGUAUGCUGCAACUUCGGUAGGUUCUCUGAACCUCCAUAUUAAAAGUAAACAUGAAGGAAUUACAUAUCCCUGUUUAAACUGUGAGUAUGUUGCUACAACAGGAAGCAAUUUAGGGAGACAUGUUAAAGAUAAGCAUGAAGGAGUGAGAUAUCCAUGCUCUAAAUGUGGGUAUGUUGCAAAUUCAGAAAGAUAUCUGAAAAGACAUAUUUCAGAAAAGCACGACAGGGUUUGUUUUCCCUGUUCAAAAUGUAAGUAUGUUGCAACUAGAGCAAGUGAUUUAAAGAAACAUGUGAAAAACAAACAUGAUAUGGAGAUUUUCUCACUCUGAGUGUGAACAUACUGCAACUUUAACAGGCCUUCUGGAAGCUAAUGUUAAAAGGAAACAUGAGAAAGUCUCAUAUGUUGAAAAAUUUUAAUACUUUUUUAAUAAAACAAGUCUUUUUCGUCUGAAAUUAAUGUUGUCAAGUGCAAAAAUGUUUUAGAUAUUUUGUUCACUAAUUAUCUGUAAAAUCUUCGGAUAAAUAUGUAUAUUAAUAAAAAGAAACAUUUGUA